CCUAUAAUCCAACCAAAUUCUGAAUUUCUGAUGGCUCGUGAAGCUUGCGAGCAAGCACCGUCCGGCCUUCCUUGCUCCUCAACUCUUUUCCGGCCAUCAUGCGGUCCGAUUUCCCACUUUCUCCGCUUCGACCCAUUAGAACCCUAAUACCAUUUCUAAUCCAGUAAAGAUGCCGUCUUUCUCAACUUGGCUCUCGCGUCUCCCUUCCUCCGUCUUCCGCGCCGGCGUCCGGCAUAAAUCGCAGUCCACCUCCAUCCCCAAGAAACUCCAACGCGUACGCGACCACUCCUUCGACGACUUAAUGGAAGUCGAAAAGAAGGUCCGGCGCGCUCUUAAGCUCCAGGAGCUCAUCCUCUCCCAUCCCGCCGGCAGCCUCCCUGUCUCCCGGUUGGACACCCUUGCCCGCCGCCACCACCGCUUCUCCCCACAAGAAUCCUCGUCCUUCCUCCUCCGCCACCCUCACGUAUUCCACGUAUUUGAACACCCCGUCCAGCGCGUCCUCCACGUCCGCCUCACCCCUCGCGCUCUCAACCAACUCCGCCUUGAAUCCGACGCCCUUUCCUCCCCCCUCUCUUCUGCCGUUUCCCGCCUUCGGCGCUUCCUUCUUCUCGCCGCCCCUUCCUACCGCCUUCGCCUCGAACACAUCCGCCUCGCACGCGCAGACCUUGGCCUCCCGGAGGACUUCGAGCAAUCCCUCGUUCUUUCCCACCCAACUCAUUUCCGCCUCCUCUCCCCUUCCGGCCCCGACGCUGAACCCCGCCUCAAGUUCGUCGAAGCAGUCCAUAAUCCCGACGAACCCUUCCCUAUCGCUGCCGUCGAGCUAGCGCGCGAGCGCGAGUACCGUGCGCGGGGCUCCGACGCAGAAGACGCCCGGUUCGCCUUCCCCAUUCAGUUCCCUCCUGGCUUCAAAAUCGGGAAAUACUACCGCAUCGCUGUAUGGAAGUGGCAGCGUCUUCCUUACUGGUCUCCGUACGAAGACGUCUCAAGCUACGACCUUAGAUCAUUAGAAGCCCAGCGGAGGAUGGAGAAGCGUGCUGUGGCCUCCAUCCAUGAGUUUCUGUCACUAACUGUUGAGAAAAGGACGACGCUGGAGAGGAUAGCACAUUUCAGGCAGGCCAUGGGGCUUCCAAAGAAGUUAAAGGAGUUUCUACUUCAACAUCAAGGGAUAUUCUACAUUUCGACAAGAGGGAAUCAGGGGAAGCUGCACACUGUUUUUCUUCGGGAGGCUUAUAGAAAAGGUGAGAUUUUGGAGCCAAAUGAUGUGUAUUUAGCUAGGAAAAGGCUCAGGGAGCUGCUUCUGAUUAGCUCCAAGAAGGCCAAUUUUGAUAGGAUGCUGACGAGCCUUGGGAGACAAGAUGAUGGGUUUCAGUGUGUGCCUGCGUUGAAUAGAAAGGAGUUCUUUGGGGAUGAGGAUGCUAUCUAUGGUGGUGAUGAAGAAGGCAGUGGCAGUGGUUCGGAUUCCGGCGUUGAGAAUCAGUUCAUUGAGUGAGGAUGGAAGGUGAUUGCUUUUGUAAGUAGAUUUAUAACUGAAUCUGGAUUCUGAACAUUGGAAAUCUGAUCAUCUGAAAGAAAGAAAGAAAGUUCGGUGAAGAAGAUGUAAUUGUGUGCAAAGAUACUUUCUUUCUUUUGACCAUGACAAUCUACACGAAGUAUUUGUAGCUGUUGUUAUG